AUGCCCGUCUCCCAUCUGACCCUGACCGUCUCGCAUCUCCCCACCUCCACCUCAUUCUUCCUCUCCUGCCUCCAGCCUUUGGGAUACCAGUUUAUCGGUCGACACGAUGACUAUAUUGGUUUUGGACAAAAGCAGGGAGAGCCGGCGGAUUUCUGGAUUACCGAGCAGAAGCCUGGGGUUCUCCCCAGCGCAGCGCAUGUAGCAUUCCCCGCGCCAUCCAAAGAUGCCGUCACCGCAUUCUUCCACCAGGCCAUCCAAGCCGGCGGCAAGUUCCAUGGCGAGCCACGAACCCGCGACUCGGUCUCCGGUUACCACAGCGCCGCCGUGAUCGACUUUGACGGAAACAGCAUCGAGGCAGUCUACCGUCCUAGUGGGUCCGUCGUGGCAUCAGAAGCUGGAGGUCCGACAAUAGCUCUGCUGGAGAACCGCUCUGUGGUGUCAAAGGCUGUCAGCGUCGCACCGCCCAAGUCAGAAGCCGCCAAGUCGCGUGCAAUAUCAAAAGCACCAAGCGCCAUCGAAAAGGUCGCCCCCGCUCCGACGGUGGUCUCCCAAAAGUCGACGGGUUCAGCCCUCGCCUAUGGUCCACCACCGGUCCAAAAGGUCGACGAUGGCAGUAAAGCCGCCAAAACUAUCAUUGGCACACUCAUCGGCGCCGCUGCCGGUGCUGCUGUUGCUUAUGCCAUGGUGAAAGGUGACUCGCAAUCGACGACGUCUGAAUCCAAAGAGGCACCCCCACCCCAAUAUCAGGCACAGCAAUUCCAGCAGCAAUACGCACCCGAUCUUCCACAAUUGAUGGCCGCAGCCUCCCAAUUCUCAGAGGCAAGAUCACAAGUGCAACCCCUCCUCCGUGCCAUCGAGGCACCUCCCGCCCGCAGCGUCUACACCUCUGCCUCUGCUGCCCGCUCCACGACGUCGCGCAGCGUUAUGUCCAAGAACCCGCGCGCCAGCACCAUCUACGAGGCUACGGAGUACUACCAAGAUGAAUACGGUCGUCGCGCCUCGGAAGGUGGCAGCGUCUUUUCUAUCCCAGAGGACCUGCCACUCCGCGCAAUCGAGUACCAACCCGCUAGCAACGCCGCACAGCAGCGCUACCCAUGCAACCCCAGCACCUUCAUCAGCAGCUAUGCAGCCGACAAGCCACGAGCCGGAAGUGUACACACCGCUUCUACUAUCAAGGCAUCAGCUACACAGCGCCGCCAUAGCACCGAUGAUGGAUACUCCGAGCACAGCCGUACCGUCUACCGCGCAUCAUCCUCGCACAGCGUCCACACGGUGAAAUCCCAUUCCCAGUCCAAGCACGAGGACGGCGCCGGCAGCACUGCCUCCUCAUACCGCUCAGCACGAAACAUCCCCUUACCCGCCGGCACCGCUGGCUCAAUCUACAGCGCCAUGCCCAGCCAAUCCGGGAAAUCCGUCGUAUCCGCACGCAACAUCCCCCUCCCCGCCGGAUCCUCGGCAAACUCCUUCUACAGCCCUGCACCCAGCCAAGCGCCUAAAUCGCACGUCUCGGCUCGCCAUGUGCUACUCCCCGAAAGCGUGAUUGAUGUCGAUGUCGACUCGAAUGUUACUCCUGAUGACUCGAUUAGCCAGGUUGGUGGCAGUCGCUCGGGACGGUCGAGUCAUUCGCAUCACUCGCAUCAUUCGAGACACUCGAAGCACUCGCGUUCGCAUUCUAAGGCGUCGAGGCAUUCGUCUAGGUCUAAGUUUGAGGAGCCUGUUAGACCCGCGGAUAGUGUGAGUCAGGUGUCGAGGUCGUCGCAGAGGACUGUUAAGGCGAUUGGGUCUAGUAAGGUUGGGAGUCGACGGGGGAGCGAGGUUGUGGUUUAA